CCUGUUUCCGGGCGGCUGCAUGCAGAGUACUAUAUAUAUACGGGCAUAGUAGGGUCUAUAGGCCAGCCAGGUUCUGCCAGGAAGAGUCACGGGCCCAUAGCAGCCUUGAGAGAAUAUCAUUUUACUUUCUGAGCCUUCAGACCAUGUAGGCUUCCCCGCAUGGAUUAUUCCGACGGUCUUUAUACCAAUGCCAUUACUUCUUUCGUUCCUUUAGACUUCCACUAGAACCCUACGAUGAGGCCCCGAUCAAGCACGCUAUUCCAUCAAGACACCAAUAUUGUAAAUGAACAAAGUAUGGAGUCCCAGCAGUACACCAGUCUACCACAGUAAAUUUACGCGUGGGGCCAGUGAUCGAUCUGCAAGUGGUGCACCGGAAAACACGGGAAUGAUCCGAUGCGAGGGCGGCUUGACCAAUCAUCAACCCGCCUUUUUGGCCCCAUUGGGGCUGCUUAUCGGCAUCUCUGGCAUCUUCCGCGGCAACUCCAUCUCCAUCUCCCACUCUGCGUCCUUGAGCUUCCCACAACACCUCACCGUUCUCAACGACCAUGGCUGCAGACGCCCCGCAAUCCGAUCCCGUCCAACAGGAGGAACCCAAACAGAAGCGUCGCCGCGCUGUCGAAGCCUGCGUCUCGUGUCGAACGCGGAAGUCCCGGUGCAGUGGCCAGCGACCAACAUGCAGCACGUGUACGGAACUGGGCGUGACUUGCCAAUACAUCUCAACGGGGAAUAGUCAUGAUAUUGUCGUCGUAGGGAAAGAGCAUUUUCAGGCUAUCGAGAAUCGACUCAACCAGCUCGAAUCGUUGCUUCGAGAGAACUCAUCGAGUCCUCGUGGCACUAAAAGGUCCCAUAGCGAUGUCGAGUCUACGCAUCGUACGGUCCCCACACCGAAUUCCACGCUGUCUGAUGGCGUGACCCGUGCCUCGAUUGGUCACCAGGGAUCCGCGGAUGGCAUGGGUGUCCUCGUUUUUGGUGACGAGGAGGAUCGCGCGUAUUUUGGACCAUCGUCAAAUAUUUCCUUUACAUCGGAUAUAUCCCGCACACUCAAGCGCCUCUCGCGUAGCCGCGGGAAUUUUACACCGGGCAGCCGGCACACUAGUCUGUUUGACUUGCACAUCGCGCGAGUAUCUCGGCCAAGCUCGCCGGUGGCUCAUCCGACACCGUGGACUGCGAAUGGUUCACAUCUGGAGAGCACACCAACGUCCAUCUUCUAUCUUCCGCCAGACGAGGAGACACUCUCGCUUAUCGAUCAGUACUUCGCCGACACCGGCAUGCUCUUCCCAUACAUUCACGAGGAGACCUUUCGCGAAACAUACGCGCAGCUAAAGAGCAACCAUACAGUUACGCGCCGCACCUGGCUCGGCGUGCUCAAUAUCGUUCUCGCCCUCGCCACACUCAGCACGGUCCUCCCGGUUGGCGACGGCGAGAAGAGAAGAGUCGAGGCUGAAGCAUUCUAUCAUCGCGCGAAUGCCCUCUGCGCAGAACAUGUGAUGAACGGAGCGAGUCUGGAAAUCGUCCAAUACCUUCUCCUCGUAACGCAGUACAUGCAAGGCACCCGAUCGUCAAACCAAACCUGGACGACGCACGGGCUCGCGGUGAAAGUCGCCCUCCAACUCGGCCUUCACUCCGCCGAAACCUCGAAACGGCUCCCGCCUGUUGAGCGCGAGAUGCGCAAGCGGACGUGGUUUGGGUGUGUUGUCCUUGAUCGGAACCUGAGUAUGACAUUCGGUCGUCCGCCCUCGAUCCCGGAGCACUAUUCACGUCUUGAAUUGCCGAUUUACUAUGAUACGUUUGAGGAACGGCAGAGGCAGAUUGAGGCGCGGCAGCGGUGUCGAUAUAGCACGGAUUCAUUUAAUGCGACCAUCCGCCUCUCCUGCGUCCUGUCCAGAACCCUCGACCUCAUCUACGACAGCAACCUCGGCACAGAAGAGAAGAUCCCCAGUUACGAGCUGAUAACCCGCAUUCUGCGCCUACGACAGUCCCUAGAAGAAUGGACCACGCCGCUUCCCACACACAUGACGCUAAUCAAAGCGCAAGAGUGCAUGACAGACAUCGGGAAGAAUCCCACCAUCGACAGAUUCCGCAUUAUUCUUACGAUGCGGUAUCAUAACCUGCGCCUACUCAUCCAUCGCGCCAUCCUCAUGAGGCUGUGUGAGUUGAUUGAUGACUGUGAUGACGUAGACAGUUCCGACACGCUUGUCUUGCAAGAUAUAGCGCGAAGCACCGUGUAUAUCUCCAUUGAGUCUGCGACGGAGAUGAUUGGUAUUGUUCGGAGCCUCGUUGAGAUGCAGUGGGCUCAGCGGGGCCUUUUGGGGGUGUGGUGGUGUGCGCUGUAUCAUACAUUCGACGCGGCGUUGGUCAUCUUUACGGUCUUCCUGCUCGCCAAACGAUCGAGCUUCAUCAGCCUACCUGCUCCACACUCCACGUACUCGCUCAAGACGACGUUCUUCGGAUGCAUCCAACCUCUACAGCAUCUGGACGUGGGAAACCCGACCAUCAGCAAAUGUUGUCGUCGUCUGGAGAAGCUAGGCGAAGUGUGGAAUGCUCUUGAACCCAAUGUAGAGCCCUCCAUGGCGUACACUGUGCCAUCUCAUCAAAUCACUCCACCUGAGCUGGACCAUGCCAUCUCCGACGUCCCGUUUCUCGAUUUCGACUUUAUGCCAGAUGGGGCAUUCGACGUGUCGGAUGGGUUUCUGGCGGGCGGAGGGUUUUAGUCGUUUGGUCAUCAGGGUAUCUAAGUAGCUCAAAUUAAUACAGGCUCAUAGGGACUCGCCUUUCGGUAAUCGAUGAAUGGAGCUAGGAUUGACUAUGAUCUGGCAAUGUCCAGAUCUCCGGGUUCGUCAAGUAUGCCCCUUGGCUUCUAUUGUAGCACCCGAAACAUAGCCAUGCCUCCUCUCGACAGCUUCGCGUAGCCAGAACAUAUAUACCAAGCAGCUAUCAACAUAAAGCUUUCACUCUGCAACCUCAACAACCAACUUUACGCAACUGACCCCGCGUGCCAACUCAUCCAAUCCUUUAUUAAUAGCCUCCAACCCCUUCCCGAGAACCCUCACCCGCGGACUCGGCGUGAUACUCCCUUCAGAAAGCCUCUCCCGUAACCACGUACAUAACCAGUAUUCGAACUGCGCCAACCGCUCGACUUCGUCGGUCAUAGAGGGCAUCACGAAGAUCGUUUCCACCCCUGGUACUUCUUCAGCGUCAGCAGGAAUGGGCGGGGCCGACGCGAUUUUCGCCGUCACAUCUCCUUUCCCCUCCGGAGAGCGAUGGUCGCCAAAUGCCCUGAGCACAGCUUGACAAAGCCCCAGCUCCCCUGUGGCAAGGAAGCAAUGCCGAAUAACCAGGCCAACCUCCUUCGCCGCCGAAACGAUCGCAUCGACGACAUUGGGAUCUUUGUAAUCGAAGACACGGUCCGCUCCGAGCGCGCUAACAUACGCAUGAUUUGCAAUUCCAGCGACGGCAUAUACAGCCCCGAUAUUCGAAUUCGGAUCAUCCCGCAGAACUCGCGCGGUCUGCACGCCCAUGGUUCCCACGCUCGAGGACGCGCCCCAGAUAAGUAGUGCUUCGCUCUUCUCCCUCCUAGCGAUUCCAGCAGAGCCCGGGGCCGAAACACGAGACGAGACGGUAUUCUCACCCACCCGUAGAAUACCCAACGCAUCCCACGCGCUAAGCGGGACCUGAACAGACACAGGCAGUGUCGCGGCCUCAUUCCAGGAGAUCUGGUCAUUGGGAAGGGGGACGGCAUGCUGCCAGGGAACAAGACACAUCUCCUGGAACGCGCCGUAAUCCGGAUUGCACGAUUUCCAUGCCGAAGCCGCGUACGCGACGACGCGGGAUUUACCUGGUUCGAAAAACACGCCAGACGUUGGACCUUUGCUACCAUUUACAGGAGCGGAGGACACGCCCUCCCCAACCUCAAUCACAACCCCCGCGAGAUCGAAGCCGAGGACCGUUGGGUACGCAGAAGGGGGUAUGAAGAGGCCCGUGUUUCGCAUGAUGAUAUCUGCGGGGUUGAGGGCGAUGGAUUUAACGGCGAUGAGGAGCUCGCCGCGGCCUGGUUUCGGGGUUUGGCGGGGGAGGAUUGUGAAGGGGGUGUCUUUUUCGUGGGCGAUGGCGGCGAGGUGGGUGGGCAUUUUGGCAAUAGGUUGGAUGUAUUUAGGAGGUGUUGAUCGGGAAUUCUGGAUGGAUUAGGCCUGCUAUUAAGGCUCCGGGUUCGAAAGUUGCAGAGGUUCUUGCUGGUAGCGAGGAACAGCCUGCAUUUAUAGACCUUUCAUGUCCUCGUGCAGUGAUCGAUGUAGGUAUGGCUUAGCCAAUCAGAAACGUCUACACCCGAGG